AUAAGUUGGCGGUUCAUUCUGCUGUGGCAACCCCUGAUUAAUAAAGGGACUAAGCUGAAUAGAAAAUGAAUGAAUGAAUGAAUGAUCAAUAUUCAUUUGAACUUUUUUUGCUAGACACCGAAAAACAGCACAGACUGAAGUUUAAUCCACUGCAAUCCUAAUGGUCACGCUUUGUACACACAGCUCUCAAAGCACCAGCACUGUCUUGUAGCGUCACUUCAUCAGCGAACAGAGGAUGAAUGGACAGAGGACAUACUGUCAAUGAGUGUGUGAAUAUUCUGGGGGAAAAAAAAUGCCUUUAUUUUUAGUUUUCCAGUUCGUUCUGCAAUCUUUUGACGUAGAAGAGAAGUCUUGACGUCCACCCGUCCCAAUACGUAAGUGAGUCUUCUCUGUGUGUCUUUUCUCUCUUUCUCUCUCAUCUCUCUCACACACACACUUGUAAAACAGGGGGUUAGGGGUUGGACCACAGGGAGGGGUGUGUCUCUAUAAGACGACCGAGCAACAGCAUCCUCUUAGGAAACAAACAGAAGCUGGCGAAAGGAGAAUAUAAACGCCUCUAUAUUCAGCAGAUCUGCUCAGGACAGGUGCCUGAACCACACACAGCUCAGACUGUACUUCAGCUGUUAACACACUUCGUGAUGAAGGCUCCACUGUGGACGCUACUGUUGCUUGGACUCUGUAACCCAGCGUGGUGUGACUGCCAGAAGGAUUGCCUCUUCUGCAGCCAGAAACUGCCUAAUGAAUAUGCCUUCAACAAUCUGGUGUGUCUGGUUGAGUGUCAUGGUAAACUUUCCCCAGGUGACACCUGGGAAAUGUGUCGCAGGACCAUCGUGGAGCAGAAACCAAAAGCCUUGUUAUCGGUCGAAGGCUCCAUCUUGAAAAGAGCAGAAGAGGAGCCGGACACCUCUCUGCCAGUGGAUCAGGAUGAUGAGCAGCUUUCUGAAACCCUCCAGAGGUUUGACCACAUAACACGGGCCUUGGGUGCUGAUGACCAAGACAGGCAGCUCAGCAAAAAAUACAAGUUCCUGCAAGUACAAUCAGCACAGGAAUCGGAAGAAGAGCGUGAUGGAGACAGCGAGAUCGAAGGAGACGAGCAAGAAUCUGCUAUUCACCUAAUCAAACGCUUUGGAGGCUUCCUCAAAAACAAGUACGGCUACAGGAAGUUCAUCGAUCCUGGCAGGUCUUUGCAAAAGAGAUAUGGAGGUUUCAUAGGGGUCCGCAAAUCUGCUCGCAAGUGGAACAACCAGAAGCGCUUUAGCGAGUUCCUCAAGCAGUAUUUGGGCAUGAGUAGUCGAGCUAGCGAGUACAAUAGCAUGUCUGCUGAUCUCACUCAACAGAACGAGUAAGCUUUGACCUUUGAAGCCAAUAAACUUACCCAGCAAACCAUUUGUUAUGCUCAUUUGAAAACUAUUGUGCAUCAUUCUCUCUCUCUCUCUCUCUCUCUAUCUCUCUAUCUCUCUCUCAUAGUGCCACAAGGUUAAAUGUGUGAUUAUUUACUUACUGAAGCAUCUAAUCUGUCAAACAAAGCUUACAAUAAGUGAAAUUAGCUUUUAAGAACUCUUCAGAUUUAAUCUAAGACACUUAUUGCUUUAGUUGACUGGUGUUGUAUAAUAUUGAAUUAAAAAAACAAGUCUAAACACAUCUCCUCAACAAUACUGCCACCUAUUGGUAAAUCAAAAGAAGAACUGCUAGAAAUUGAGGUAGGAUGCGCCAGGCAGGCACAAAAUAGGACGAUUAAAGGAAUAGUUCGCCAAAACUUAUAUAAAAAAUUGUCAUGACUUACUUGUAUUGUUUUGGGCGAAAAAACCUCGCAGAGAUGCCACGUUAGCGUCUGUUAAUGGGCUGCUAUUAAGCAAGUUGUUGUAUGGAGGAAACUCAACCUUCAUCAGCAUCGUCGCUAACAUGUUAUUAGUUUAUAUUGUUACCAUUUUUAAAACCCUGGAAUGUUGAGUACCAAAUAAAUACAAUAAAAAAACAAACCCAGAAAUUCUCACCUGGGAAAAGUUAUCUUCUUUUUCUAAAACGUAGCCCACAUCAGGUCGCAUCUAGUCAAACUUUAAAGAUGGCGGAUGACGCUCGAAUGUGCGAAUGUGGAAAAAACUUGAUCCAUUAAUUUUUUUGCUUUCAUAUCUCACGCUUGCAUUCAAACUCUCUUCUGGCAAUCUGUUCAUGUGAACUGCAUGAAGCAUGUUGGAGAAAAUUUACAAAUUAGUUCAGUAGGCCUCGCAAAAUGGCUGGAUAAAUCUUGCAUCAAAUGGACCACUUUAUGAAACAUUUUGAGCUUAUAUGUGCAGUAAUAUUACAAAAAAACUUUUCACUAUUUCACUAAUGGCUGUUUUGUAUGAAUGUAGACAAUUUGAAUCUAUAAAAUAUAUAAGCUUUAUAAAUGAAAUGCCAAAAUGUUAAACAAAAAUGCCAGACAUUGUGUUUAAUGAAUGAAUGAAAGUACUAAAAGUGUCAAAAUUAUUUGACUCUGGACCACAAAAUUGUUCUUAAGUAUCAGGAUUUGUGCAUUAUCUGAAAAAUGAAUAAAUAUGCUUUGCAUUAUGGUAUACUUUGUUAAUAGACCAUUUCAGUGUGGUCAUGUCAUUGGUCCUAGAACCUUUCCUGCUUUUUCAUAUUAUCAUAUUAUUUAUUAAUAUGGCUUUUUUUAAAUUCUCUGAAGUUAGAAAUUAAAAAUUAAACAGGAAAUACGUUGGGACCAUUGUUUUAGUUCAAAAAUGGUCCCUCAAAAAUGGUCUACUAAAAAAAAAGGCUGGUUGGCUAGUUUUAGCUGGUCGACCAGCCUGGUUUUAGAUGGGCUUUUGUCCAUUCCAGGCAGGUCUUAGCUGAUCAGGCUGGGAGAUAACCAGCUAAAACCAGCUUUACCAGCCUAACCAAACCAGCUACAUCCUGCCUAAACCAGGCAGGUUAAGCUGGUUUUAGCUGGUCAUUUUCCAGCCUGACAGGCUGACCAGACUGGAAAUGUCCUAAAAACCCCUCUAAAACCAGGCUGGUCGACCAGCUAAAACCAACCAACCAACAGGCUGGUUUAAGCUGUUUUUUAAAGCAGGGAUAGACCAAUGUUCAGCCAACAUAUGACUGUGGAUAUUUGAAAUCUGAGACCAAAUCAAAAUACUGAGUAAAUCACCUUUAAAUUGUCCAAAUUAAGUUCUAAGUAUUUUACAUGACUAAUCAAAAAUGUAGUUUUGAUAUAUUUAUAAUAGGAAAUUUACAAAAUAUCUCCAAAGAGCCUAUUUAUCUAAUAUAGGCUACUAAAGAUUUUUGCAUAACAGAAGAAUUGAUCAUGUUGGCAUAUACAAUGUACAUUUGCCUAUUGUGUAAAAGUAUAUCCUUUUUAACUUAUGACUGAUUUGUGGUUCAGGGUCACUGAUGACCAUAAAUGACUGAUAGAAGCAAUAUUUCUAUGGUGAACUAUUCCUUUAAGGAGAUUAAGAAAAGAUAUCAGUGUUUACUGUGUCCCUUCAAAAAUAAACAGAGGCGGAUUUGUCAUAAACCAUUUCAGCAAAGACUCAUCACUGUAAAAUGCCUAUACAAACAUAACAGAUUCUGCCAUGCACAUACACACACAGAGUUUGCUUCCUCAUCUAAGAGUGGCACAUUAAUAGCUUUAAUUAUAAUUUUAUUUGAACUGACAAAGUUGAUUUGUAUUUGCGCAUAUGAAAAUAUGUAUUGAUGCAGAGUCAUGCUUUUCCCUUUAUUCCAAGGAUUAAUACAAAAAAACAAUGUUCUCUAAAUGAACUGUACAUAGUAACAAUGAACUAUGUCAAAUAAAAUAGUUUACUAUUUU